AUGGUGCGGCCUGUGAGGUGGGUAGUUCAUGACAACUGCGGGGAUGGGAAGAAGCAGGAAGACGCCGUAGGCAACUUGGCCUGCACACGAUUGACGGGAAAGGGCCGAAUAGGACGGCAUAAGAAAUCGGUCAAUUACUCACAGUUUGAGGACUCUGACAGUGAUGGUAAACUCCUUCAGGGUACUUUUAGUAUUCUAUUUAGUGCAGUGCCUCAUACACAGAUAGCUUUAGAUGACAAGCUCUACCAGCGAGACUUAGAAGUCGCACUUGCUUUAUCAGUGAAGGAACUUCCAACAGUCACCACUGAUGCGGAAGAGGCUCAAGAUAAAAGCAUUGAAAAGUGUGACAGUCGUGGAAGUGAAACAAUGAGUAAGGCCCCUCAUAUCUCCAAUUGCAGUGUAGCCAGUGAUUAUUUAGAUUUGGAUAAGAUUACUGAGGAAGAUGAUUUUCCUGGUGUUCAAGGGAAAAGAAAAGCAGCAUCAAAGGCUAUGGUACAACAGAGGAAGAUUCUUCUGGAAGGCAGUGAUGGCGAUAGUGCUAAUGACUCUGAACCAGACUUUGCAACUGGUGAAGAGUCCGAGGAUGACUCUGAUUUUAGUGAGAGUGAAGAUAAUGAUGAAGACUUCACUGUGAGAAAAAAUAAAGUGAAAGAAAUUAAAAAGAAAGAAGUGAAGGUCAAAUCCCCAGUUGAAAAGAAGGAGAAGAAACCUAAAUCCAAAUGUAAUACUUUGGUGACUUCAGGAGACUCUGCUCCAGCUUCUGUGAAAUCAGAACUUCAGCCUUCACCAAAAAAGGUUUCUGGUUCUUCGGAGGUCACUAGGAAACCAUUACAAAUACGCAGUCCUUUGGCUGAAAACAAAAAACCUAAGUGGGUCCCACCAGCGAUGUCCGGAAGCAGCAGCAUCAGGAGCCCACUGGCAGGCGUGUCUGUUAAGUCUCCAAAUCAGAGUCUCCGCUUGGGUUUGUCCAGAUUAGCACGAGUUAAACCUUUGCAUCCAAAUGCUGCUAGUAGCUGA